CACACACACCACCCCCCUCCUCCUUUCUCUCUCUUCUUUCUCUCUCCUUCUUCCUCCUUCAUCCGCCAUCGUCAUCUCCCUCAUCAUCAUCAUCAUAAGCAUCGUCUUCCCUCGAGCUCCUGCGCAUCUCUCUCUUCUUUCUUUAUUUAUGGACAAGGCUGGAUGGGGGCUAACCCUCGACUCCUCCUCCUCCUCCCACUCUGACUCCUUCUUCCCCAAGAAGCCCUCCGGGUUCCUCAAGCUCAAGCGCGACCCCCCGGCGACCCCCUCCCGCCGCCUCCGCCGCCGCUGCCGCCGCAGCCGCAGCCGCCAGGAUGUUCCCCGGCAUCGACUUCUCGGCCAGCCUCGGCCGCUGGGACGACCACCGCCACGCCUCCAUCCUAAAUUCGUCCUCGCCUGCCGCGGACGAGGGCCGGGUCGUCGUCGGCGAGGUCGACUUCUUCUCCGAUAGCAAGAGCAGGUCGUCCCUUCCUGCCGCCGCCGCGGGCGGCGAGGAGGGUAGAGCCGCUACCGUGAGCGUCAAGAGGGAGAGCCCCGUCGCGUCCGGCCCCGCGAGGUCGGAGCUGAACGUGAAUACUGGUUUGCGCCUCCUGACUGCUAACACCGGGAGCGACCAGUCGACGGUGGACGACGGAUUCUCCUCCGAUAUCGAGGAGAAAAGAGCCAAGAACGAGCAGCUGGCGCACCUAAACGCGGAGCUGCAGAGAAUGAAUUCGGAGAACCAGAGGUUGAAGGAGAUGCUCAGCCAGGUCACGAGCAACUACAACGCAUUGCAGUUGCACCUCUCUUCACUCCUCCAGCAGCAGCAGCAGCACCACAUCCAGCACCAGCACCAGAGCAAUGGCGCCGAGCCCGCGCAAGAUCACGAGAAUGCGAUGAAGAAGAACCAGACGGUGGUGCCGAGGCAGUUUCUUGAUCUCGGCCCGAUGUCGGCGGCUGCCGCGGAGACCGACGAGAUCUCGAACUCUUCAUCGGAGGAGAGGACGAGGGAUGGCUCAAGGUCGCCGUUGGCCAAAAUGGAAGUCGCAUCGUCUGCUCAUAACAACAAGGCGGAACAAGAUAGCUCCGGCGCUAGAGAUGGUGACAAGAGAGGUGUUAGGAACGAGAGUCCCGACGACUCGGAAACUCAAGGCUGGGGGCCGAACAAGGCGGCCAAACUGGAGGCGGCGAGGACGAGCAUCGAGCAAUCUGCGGAGGCCACGAUGAGGAAGGCCCGCGUCUCCGUCCGAGCUCGAUCCGAGGCUCCCAUGAUUACCGACGGAUGCCAAUGGAGGAAAUACGGACAGAAGAUGGCCAAGGGGAACCCGUGCCCCCGAGCUUAUUAUCGUUGCACCAUGGCGGUCGGCUGCCCCGUUCGCAAGCAAGUUCAGCGCUGUGCCGAAGACCGAGGGAUUCUGAUAACGACCUAUGAGGGCAACCACAACCACCCACUCCCGCCGGCAGCCAUGGCCAUGGCCUCGACCACCGCGGCUGCGGUCAGCAUGCUGCUCUCAGGGUCGAUGUCGAGCGCGGACGGCAUCAUGAACCCGAACCUGCUGGCGAGGGCGAUCCUGCCUUGCUCAUCGAGCGUGGCCACGAUCUCGGCCUCAGCCCCGUUCCCUACGGUCACGCUGGACCUCACCCACUCCCCGAACCCGUUGCAAAUCCAAAGACCCCAGCCCCAAUUCCAAGUCCCCUUCCCUGGCCAGCCCCAGAACUUUGGCUCAUUGCCUUCACAGUCUCUUCCUCCAGCUUUUGGGCAAGCACUCUACAAUCAAUCCAAGUUCUCUGGCCUCCAAUUGUCUCAAGAUUUGGCCAAUCCUUCCCAAUUAGGUCAGCAAGUUGCCUCGCUACCACAACACUUGCAACAAGCACAGCAGCAGCAGCAGCAACAGCAACAACAACAACAACAAUCGGCUUCUUUGGCUGACACGCUCAGCGCAGCCACAGCCGCCAUCACCGCCGACCCCAACUUCACCGCGGCCCUUGCUGCUGCCAUCUCGUCCAUAAUCGGCGGUGCACAUCCCAAUAACAGCACCACCACCACCACAACCGGCACUGCUGCCGCCGCCACAACCACCGGCAACAACAACAACAACACCACUAACGUCAGCACAAGCAACAGCAAGAUGAGCAGCUUCCCAGGAAAUUAGAGCUGGGGGUCCAUUUCCAUUUUCGACUUACAAUUCCUUUGUUUUUAGCUCAUGUCAAUGUCUUUUUCCUUUUGUUUACCAACUUUUUUUUCUUUUUCCUUUCUUGGGCGGAUAAGUAUGAGAUUUACAUGUUCAUAGGGUCGUUGGUUUCUCUUACCAUGUGGGGGGAGGAAUUAGAACACAACAUCAUUCUUUCUAUUGUUUUUAUGAGAAAUAAUCUUGUGAUUUCAAA